AUGCUAACUGGCACCAGCAGUAACGACGAGGAGGGUUCUCGAGAAUUUGCAGUCAAGAAGCCAAGAGCCCUCCUGUCUUUAGACCUGAAUAUUCUGGCCACCCCAGACCAACCUGAAUCUUCCGGCCGCCCUCCUGUUCGAUUGCGGGCAGAGGGAGAGGGAGCUUUUUGCAGGGGUGGGGGGAGGGGUUGCGGGCAGAGGAGAGCGACGGGGGAGCUUUUGCAGGGGGCGGCGGAUUUAACUUUUGCAGGGGGUGGCGGGGGAGGGGGAGGGAGGAGGGGCGGCGGGGAAGGGAGUUUCGGGAAAAGGGACAGGGGAAGGGGAAGGGCAGGGGUUGGCAGAGGAAAGGGCGGGGGUGGCCGAGGGAAAGGUCAGGAGGGUGGCGGGGAAGGGGGUCGCGGUGGCAAGGGGGGAAGGGGCACAGGGGGUUGGCGGGAGGGAGGGGGUCACGGUGGCAGAGGGGAGGUGGCGGGAGGAGAAGGGGAAAGGGAGGAACAAUUUGGGAAGCCAAAAAAGAAAAAAAAUUUCGCCUAA